GCCCGCUGCGGCCGCUCAGCCCCGCCGCCGCGCACGCAAGGCGCUUUGGCCCCACCCGGCCACCGUUGCGCUCGCGAACGCCGCGCCCCUGACCCGGAAGAGCAUUCUCCUUAGCAACUGCGGGUCCGCGGCGGCGCCGGCCUCCCGGGAGCGACGCAUAGAGCUGUAUUGGAAGUGGAGCAUCCUGGACACAAACUGGCGCCCAUAUAGAGUGCUGGUGCUGCAGCUAACCUACUACGCCUCAGCGCGGGCCUCUCCCAUGUGGUCUUAACAGGAAUAAUUUGGCUUCAGCCGUAAGCUUACAUACCCAAAGAGUAUUGCACUUGGUCAUCCAGCAUCCAGCUUCAGCUUAAGGGUCAUCGUGUGGUCUUGACUGCUGGAAUGAAAGAAGCGCGCCGAUGAUAGUGUCGUGCUUCGGAGCCAGGCCUCGUUCUCUGGGACUCUUACUUCUGGCUGCUAGUGCCUCCUGAGCUGCCCAAGGCAGACGCGUGCUGAGUUGAGCAGUGGAAGCUCCCCUGGAUCUGGAGAGAAGAGGCGACCUGGGAAGCAGGAAUGAGCCAUCCUGACUACAGGCUGAACCUGCGGCCCCUGGGCACUCCCAGAGGUGUGUCCUCUGUGGUCAGCCCACGUGGUGGUGGUGCUUCCCCAGGUGACAGAAAGUCAAAGAACAAGUCCACGCGCGGGAAGAAAAAGAGCGUAUUUGAAACCUACCUGUCCAAGGAGGAUGUCUCAGAAGGCUUGAAGAGAGGAACACUGAUCCAGGGUAUAUUGAGAAUUAAUCCAAAGAAGUUUCAUGAAGCCUUCAUUCCUUCCCCGGAUGGUGACCGAGACAUUUUCAUUGAUGGGGUUGUUGCUCGAAACAGAGCCUUAAAUGGAGACGUGGUGGUGGUGAGACUACUUCCCGAAGAGCAGUGGAAGGUGAUUAAACCAGAAAGCAGCGACAAAGAAGCAGAAGGUGCGUACGAGGCAGACCUUGCCGAGGAGCUCUGUGGGCACCACCUUCCGCAGCAGUCCCUCAAAGACUGCAGUGACGGCCCUGAUGUCAUCAUAGAGGCCCAUCUUGGUGACAGCGACUCGGAAGAUGGUCACGGCAACACACAAAAUACGCUGCUGGAUGGUGUCAAGAAGCUCUCCGUGUGUGUGCAUGGAGAAGGAAAAGAGGACGCUGGUGAGCCAGAUAGAAAAGACGAGAGUGCUUCCUCAUCACAGGACACAAGAGCUUUGUCAGAGAAGUCGCUGCAGAGAUCCGCAAAGGUCGUUACCUACAGAUUUUCCCCGCUUGUCCCCAUGGCUGUCACCUGAGCUCCUGGGUGAUGUCUCUUGUGUGAUUUGGUCAGGACUGCACUUUUCAGUUACCAGGAAAGUCAGUAGAAGCACGAUCAUAAACAGUGACUAUUUUUUUAACUUUAAACAUAUAAGUAAUGUGCGUAUUUGCCUGCUUUGGAUGAAGGGCCAGUGCAUCGGGUGUGAGUAUGUUUAUCAUCCUUGCUUAAACCAGACUUGUAAUGCAGCAUCUGUGAUUUCUUCUUUGGGUUAUUUAUUUUUAAAGAUUUGUUUAUUGUUUUGAAAGGCAGAGCAGUAGAGAGACAGAGAGAGAUCAUCCAUUUGCUGGUUUACCCCCGAUCCCCCAGAUGGCUGCAGUGGACAAGGCUGGGUGAGGCUAAAGCCGGGAGCCUGGAACUCCAUCUGGUCUCCCAUAUGGGUGGCAAGGGCUAAGCACUAGGGCCAUCUUCUGCUGCUUUCCCAGGCACAUUAGCAGGGAGCUGGAUCAGAAGUGGAGCAGCCGGGACUUGAGUUAUACUCAGUUAUGGGUUACCAGAGUCACAAGCUGCAGCUUAACCUGCUGUGCCACGACACAGCCCCCAGUUUUGUUACUUAAAGUGGAGUGAGAAUGCAGACUCUGCAGAAGCAAUGUGAAAACAGACUUCUUCCAGGUUUUUAUUGUUUUUAGCUCUAUUUUUUAUUGCUGUCAUGCCCAUGACAAUUUCAAUGUAAAUUUUUAAUUUUAAUGAAUUUUUUUUAAGAUUUAUAUAAAAGGCAGAGUUACAGACAGUCGGAGGCAGAGAGACAGAGAAGUGUGCCAUCCACUGGUUCAUGCUCCAAGUGGCUGCAACAACCGGAACUGGGCCAGUCUGAAGCCAGGAGCUUCUUCUGGGUCUCCCACGUGGGUGCAGGGGCCCGAGGACCUGGGCCAUUCUCCACUGCUCUCCCAGGCCACAGCAGAGAGCUGGGAUCAGAAGUGGAGCAGUCGAGACUCGAACCAGCGCCCAUAUGGGAUGCCGGCACUGCAGGCUGUGACCUUAUCCACUAAGCCUGCCCCAUAAUAAAUCUUUUGGUUUUUCAAAAGUGUUUAUUUGUCAGAGAAGUAAUUGUUUUUACAUUUGUGUUUUAUUAUCUUGCACUCAGAUGUGGGGUUAGACACAGCCCACUCUAGCUGUGUGCACAGCUCAGAGUGGCAGAGGUGCAUAGGGCCGGGAACACAGUGGCGUCACAGCAUGAGGCUUCAGCUGCCAGUGGCAUCUGUCAGUGCCUUUAACCUAGGAAUGCAGAGCGGCUGUGCUGCCAGCAGGUGGGUUGAGAGUGUCUCCUGUGCUGCCUAUUACCAGGGGGACUUUCCAAGUGCACUAUGUAUGCACUGCUCCUGUUUCUCACUCUCUCUGACAUUUUGAGGACUAACCAUGUAGCAAGCAGCAUGCUAGGCAAGCAGGAUUGUAAUGAUGGCUAGAUCUGGGCUCAUUCUUUUUUUUUUUUUUUUUAAAGAUUUAUUUAUUUGUUUGAAUGGCAGAGUUACAGAGAGGCAGAAGCAGAGGCAGAAAGACAGAAAGAGACAGAAGUCUUCCAUCCGCUGGUUCACUCCCCAGAUGGCCGCAACGGCCGGAGCUGUGCCAGUCCAAAGCCAGGAGCCAGGAGCUUCUUCCGGGUCUGUCACAUGGGUGCAGGGGCCCAAGGACUUGGGCCAUCUUCUACUGCUUUCCCAGGCCACAGCAGAGAGCUGAUUGGAAGUGGAGUAGCUGGGUCUUAAACUGGCGCCCAUGUGGUAUGCUGGCACUGCAGGUGGUGGCUUUGCCCACUAUGCCACAGUGCCAGCCCCUCAUCCUGUUUUAUUUGACCUGUGCAGUAUUUAAAAUUUUUGACUAGUUUGCAUUUAAAAAAAAAAUACUAUGGGGUGGACAUUGUGGCCUAUCAGGUUAAACUGCUACUCGGGACACCUGCAUCCAUAUUAGAGUACCUGGGGCUGAGUCCCACUCUGCUUCUGCCUCCAGCCCAGCUUUCUGGUAACGCACCUGGGAGGCAGCAGGUGAUGGCUCAGCCACACCCAUGUGAGAUCCAGAUGGAGUCCCUGGCUCCUGGCUUCAGCUUGCCCAGCCCUGACUGUUGUGGGUGUUUAGGGAGCGAACAAGAAGAGGGAUGAUCUCACCCCCCCACCCCCUCCACCCCUGCCUUUCAAAUACAAAUUAAUAAACAUUUUAAAAUUUUGUUAAGUUAGGAGUAUUCACAUAAAAAUUAGAAUUUUGACUUCUUCUGCCAAGAGAAAACAUCUGGCAACACUGCACCCCUAAGUGAGCCCGAGCUGAGUAGAGCCCUGCUUCUAGAGCUGUGUUCUCUGAUGUGCUGUGGCCCCAGCCCUGUCUGCUCCCUCCUUCCUUCCCUCCAUUCUCCCAUCCCUUUUUUGAGAUAAUGUUUCUUAAUGAAUUCAACCAGAAAUUACAACACAAAAUCAGCAUUUGUAGGCAAAACUUAUGCUGUGGUAGAGUUAUUUCCACGACAACUAACAGUAUAGGAACCCCAGGUAAAGCCGGGUUACUCAAUAUAUUUCUUAUGCUGUCAGCAGUUAGAAUAAGAAACAGGGACUUCCUGCUGGAGAAAAUGGCAUAGACUUGAUUUUUGCUCUUUCCACAAAGUACAGCUGUGAACUCUGGGAGAAACUAGAGGUAACCACAGGACAAUUCUGGAAAGUGGAAAGAGGAAGCCAAGCUAACUAGGAACCCCAGGAUGAGAGAAACAACAUCAUGGCAGAGACUUUACAGCUCCCACCGUCAGAAGGUGAUACAGGCCUAGGGUUUCUGAGUCCCAGCCUAGCCAUAGAGGGUGGCACAGGUAGACUCACUCCAUUCAGAUCUAACAGAAAUCCUUCUAGAGACAUCAGACCACCCUGGCCGCACCUGCAAGGGCAAUUAACUGAGACUCUGAUAACAGUAAGUGACCAGGGGGACUGUCUUCUUCCCUGUCCCCCCAGUGUCUGAGACUUCUCCACCAGUACGGGCAGUCCCACCACAGGGACAGCCCGGCCUAGGAAGCCUCUCUCCUCCCUCCUACCCAGUGGCACUGGGAACUAAAGAUGCUGAUGGAAGGGAUCUUGCUACCACAGACAGCCCAGCCUGGGAAGCACACUGUUCUCCCAGACUCCUCCUCCUUCACUCAGAGACCAUGGAAGUCGGUGGCAUUGAAGGGAGGUGUCGCCACAACAGGAAACCCCGGAUGAAGAGCCUCUUUGGCCCUGCAAGCUAGGGUUGCCUGGGCCAUGGUUAGGGAGACUAGGUGGCCUGGCCUGGGGAAGUUCCUUCCAGCCCCACAGGCAAUGCCAGUGGCACCUUACAAACCAACCACACCAAGAUAGUGCUGGAGCUACAGCAGUGCAGACCAGGACCUGCGUGCUAAACCUAACCAGGCUUACUGCCUUCUAAUACAGAAGACUUCAGUGAGACCCAGAGGCUCUUAACAUGACCACCGAAGAUCUAGGACACAAUCAGAAACUACCCACCAUUCCAACAAAUAGGAAAAUCACAACAGGAGUGAGAAAAGACAUUCGACUGAUUCCAGUUCCAGUACUGAGCUUUUGCAGUUCAAGGACAAUGGCUUUUAAACAGCCCUCCAGACAACAACAACAACAACAGCAAAACAACUUCAGUUAGCAAUUAAAAAUUCUCUUGAGAAAAUAGGAAAUCGCAGCAAAGGAAUAGAAAAGUCAUAAAAAAGGACCAAAUGGAUGUUACAGAACUGAAAAAUGCAGUAACAAAUAGAGUACUUGCUGGAUGGGGUCAAGAGUAGCAUAAAGAUAAUGCGGCACACAAUCAGUUAACUGCAGGGCAGAUUAGUGGAACUGACCCAACCUCAACCACUGGAAAGUAGACUUUAAAAACCAUUUAAAAAGAGCCUCUGGGAAUUGUGAGACAAUAAAAAAAAAAAGAUUCAACAUUUAUAUAAUUGGAGUCGCAGAAGGCGAGGGUCAGGAGAGUGGGCUGAAAGAAUAGACUAUGGGGCCAGCGCUGUGGCGUAGUGGGCGAAUCUGCUGUCUACAGUGCCUGCAUCCCAUAUGGGUGCUGGUUUGAGUCCUGGCUGCUCCACUUCUGAUCCAACUCUCUGUAUGGCCUGGGAAAGCAGUAGAGGAUGGCCCAAGUCCUUGGGCCACUGCACCCAUGUGGGAGACCAAGAAGCACUCCUGGCUUCAGAUUGGCCCAGCUUUAGUCAUUGUGGCCAUUUGGGGUGUGAACCAGAGGAUUGAAGAUCUUUCUCUCUGCUUCUGCCUUUCAAAUAAAUAAAUCUUAAAAAAAGAAAAAAUAAUAGACUGUACUGACUUGGGGACAGGUAGACAAAUGUCAUAGAGGUUCUGAGAUCCUAGCAAAAGUUGUCAACAUUAACAUGUCACAGUGUCUGAGCAGUUGACGUUUGCAACCACUUGACAGUUUGUGUUGAAGGUUAGGGGAGACCAACGGCUGAAUGGCAUCAAGCCUGAGGAUUUGUAGGCUGGAAGUAGUGGGAGGACAGGAGGAUGUGGCACUUGACAGCGCAGAUAAUCAGGCUGCAAGUGAUGAAACGUGGUGGCUCAGGGACGUGGGAAAGCGUUCACAGCUUAAAUGGAGCUAGCAGACUUACAGGACAGGAGAUGGUUACAGCCCGGGAAGCCUUGCUGUGGAAAAGCCUAAUAAGGGAGCUGCAUGAUGGAUCAGCCUGAGCGGUGCUGGGGUUGUAUCAGUUCCAGAUGACACCCAGGAGAGGCCCUGAGGGUGGGUUGCUGAAGGUGAAUGCAGGUGAAAGCCACUGGCAUGGAAGAGGUGCACGCCUCACCUGUGAAGACAAGAUGGUGGCUGGAGGACGCUGAGAAAGGCAGACUAACCAGACAUUACGGAGUAGCCAGGAGGCUGGUCAGUGGGGGACACGACCAAGAAGGGGACAGACAGGCUGCAUGAGACGAGAGUACAGAAACACGCAUGAAGCCAGAAGACGGCAUGGUCUGGAUGUGGCAGUGCACCCAGGAAAGCCUGGGUGCUCCCUAAGGGCUGUGUGUGGAGGCAGAGCAAGGCGCUGGAGCGCUCAGUUCUUACGGCAGAUGAGCACGUGCGAGGCGUGUCCAGCAUAUUCUUGAGCGAGGUUUUCCGCAGUUUUUCCAGAUGGGAAGAUGUUUUCCAGGAAGGGUGGGGAGUUAGGAGGGAGAGAGUAGAGGUAGUAGGACUGAGGUUGAGUGAGGCCAGGUGUCCUGCGGUCGUAGCAGGCGUGACUGGGAGGCGGCCGUUGCACACUCAGUGGGCUGAAGGUGCUCUGCAGACAGGCGCAGCCCACGUGGACACGCAUUCACGAGCAACAGAAGUGGCUGGCUCAGGGCAGCUUGAAUCUUAGCUCCGGGUUCUGGAAUUGCAAGUAAUUCCAGCAAAGCGCCAAAACCAUCUACCGUGCGGAAGGAGAGAGGCGGGAAGAAUGCCUUUGCCCAGAGGGCGGGGGAGAGGAUCCACUUUCUUUAGAAUGCUUCUCUCUUGGUAGAAGUAGAAAUGUGCACGGUGCUGUGGUGGCCUGAGUCUUACCUGGUAAGAUGAGAGACUGGGUUUAAUCUUGGAAAGAAAAGGAGGAUUAAGUGUUUCCCUUUACAUUUGUUGGAAGCAUAAUUAAGAAGAGCAAUUUAUAUCCAUUUAGUAAUACUUUUUAAAAAGCAGCCACUGUGUUGUUCAUGUAAGAUGGUGGUAUUAUUCCAGUGAAAACUGAGAUGCGUAACGAAUCCCUGGAGCUGUGCUUCCCUGCUGGUACCCCCGCACCCUCGUAAGCCCCGGUCGUGGCUGUAAGAGCACUUCCGUCUCAUUGAUCCACACGCUACAGAGCGUUUUCUUGCAUGUGUGUGCUUACAGGAUGCUUAAGUUGACGCAUGAUAAGUAGAGGCUCUUGAUUUUGACCCACAGAAGUUACUGCACCCAGCUGGUUGAUCAGAGCCCAUCCUGCUGACUUUUCCAGCUGUCCCCCAGCUCUGUCGGUGAACAAUGUUGAUUCCGUCUUUGGUGU